ACGCAGAGGCAAUGUCAUGCGCGUUGCCCGCCUCCUUCUUCGCCGCUGCCUGUCUACUUCAUCCUUCGACCCACGGAACGCAAUACACGAGAAGAACUCGAGCAUUAAUGCCUUCGUUCAUAUCUCUGAUUGUCCUCCCACUAUAGAGGCUGAAACUUCUUCUCAAUCUGCAUGUUCAAAACCCUUGCAAUGGACUACUGUUGCUGUCAAGGACAACAUAUGUACUUCUGACAUGCCAACGACGUGUUCAUCUGCUAUGCUAGAGAACUUCACUUCACCUUUUGACGCGACGGUGGUGAAAUUGCUCAAACGUGCCGGUGCUGAUAUCGUAGGAAAAACGAAUUGCGAUGAAUUUGGGAUGGGGUCGUUAAAUACCCACUCUAUCCACGGCCCCGUUAUCAAUCCAUUCCAAACUUUACGUUCGGCAGCAUCGGUUUCCUGGAGAAACCGCGAGAAACGAACUGCAGGGGGGAGCUCUGGUGGAAGUGCAGCGGCUGUUGCUGCUGAUAUGUGUGAUAUAGCGUUAGCGACCGAUACAGGAGGGUCUAUAAGACUUCCUGCCUCAUAUUGUGGCGUCGUGGGCUUAAAGCCAUCGUAUGGUCUCAUUAGCAGAUGGGGUGUAGUGUCGUAUGCUGACAGUUUGGACUGUGUUGGGCUGAUGGCAAAGAGUACCUUUCAAGUUCGACGUGCUUUUGAUGUUCUCGAGACUCCGGAUCCUAACGACCCCACCUCAGUAUCGAAAAGACUAAGGGAAGCUACAGCCGGGGUUUUACGAGAGUUUUCUCCUCUUAAGCGCCGUUCGCCGUUCGAGGAUAGCCAGCUAAGAGUGGGAGUACCUCAAGAAUAUUUUGCGCAAGAAUUAUCCCCCUCUAUUUAUAAUUCGGUUCGAACAAUUUUGAAGGCCCUCAAGGAUCUCGGCGCUCAGAUCAUACCUGUAUCCCUACCAUCCACGUCCUAUGCUCUCAGUGCCUAUUAUGUUCUUGCGAGCGCCGAGGCUAGCAGUAAUCUAGCACGGUACGAUGGAAUCGAGUACGGUACCAGGAUCCCCCUUCCCCCGGGUUCCGAUUCGAGGAAGGCCUCGAAAGUAUAUUCUCAUACGCGAACACAAUGUUUUGGCGAUGAAGUUCGAAAGAGACUUCUUUUGGGUACUUACGCUUUAACUGCCGAUGCAUUCGAUAAUUACUUCUUACAAGCGCAGAAGGUUCGCCAACUCGUACGAAACGAUUUUGACCGUGUCUUCAGGUGGCCAAAUCUGCGUACCGCCGAGGGCCUCUCAUCCUCCUCCCUUUCGGCAGAGGGGGUCGAUGUUCUUAUUCAUCCAUCCGCUAUACGUACCGCACCCCUUCUUCCACGCGAGACAGCAUCUACCGCCACCAAAAGCAGUAUGGAUCCGCUCGAUACGUAUCUACAGGAUGUCUUGACUGUUCCUGCAUCCCUCGCCGGGUUACCUGCGUUGAACAUACCCGUUCCAACGAUACAGGAUGACAAUGUCUCUGCUGAUAGCGAUCAAGACGGGUGGCCCGUAGGAGUUAGCAUCGUGGGACAGUGGGGAUGUGAUAGACUUGUCAUGGAUUUAGGGAUGGUGGUUGAGGUUGCCAUGCUCUCCUCCAACACACAAUGACAUCUGCGAUCUUUCUGCGAUCUUGUUGCAAGGAGACAUACAUUUUGCGCCUCCGGUUGCCUCCGUCGCAUGUGAUUGAGAGGGAUGGCGAUUGCAUGAUCGACACGGUGUCGGAAAAUGAACUGAGACUUUGGAGAUUCAAGAUUCAGGUGCUUCGUUGACCUGAAGUUCGUUGACCGAGAGGCAACGUAUCUCACAACCAGACACCAUUCCUACACCUUGAAGCUUCAAGCUUCAAGUCUUAGUCCGUUCGCUUUGACUGUGUUGGUCUCUUGGUCUUGUUCCGUCGUGAUUCAUAUACGGUGGCAGUUCUGCAUUUGGUUCCGUAUUCUUUAUCACAUGAAUUCGUGUCAGUCGUUACUUCGAAGGGACGUCCUCAUUUAAUCGCGGUCAAUCUGUACGAAAGACGCCACGAAGAAUUAUGCACCCUUCUGUGUUCCUGUUGAUUCAAACUCUGGCAUUGGGUACAAUAUUGCUGGUGCCGAAAGAUUGACGUUUGCAUAUGCUGCCACUUCCCGAGAAGCGCGGUUCACGAAAAAGAGGGUGCCCACGUUUUUAUCUUCGCGCCUCCCCUUUUCAGAACAACAGCUUGGUGGCUUAAAUUCUCGUGGUUGAAGUAUUCUUAUCGAUUAGCCGCAGUCAGCGUUGGGCUGUGUAGACCCUCGACUCUCCUUGAACAGUGUCCGUAUGGCACCCAAAUUGCUGCGAUGGGGUAAAAUGUACCGAAC